GGCGCGGCGCUGAGCGGCGGCGGCGGCGGCGGCGGCGGAGCGGGCAGCGAGAGCGGGGCCGGGGCCGGGGCCGCGCCGGGGCCGGGCCGGGCCGGGGGCGGGCGGCGGGGCCCGCCGGGCGGCCGGCGCCAUGGGCACGGUGCUGUCGCUGUCGCCGAGCUACCGGAAGGCCCCGCUGUUCGAGGAGGGGGCGGCCACGGUGGGGCACUACACGGCGGUGCAGAACAGCAAGAACGCGAAGGAGAAGGGCCUGAAGCGGCACUCGCUGAUCUCGGUGCUGCCCUGGAAGCGCAUCGCCGCCGUCUCCGCCAAGAAGAAGAGCUCCAAGAAGGUGCAGCCGAACGGCGGGUACCAGAGCAACGUCACCCACCUCAACAACGAGAACCUGAAGAAAUCCCUCUCCUGCGCCAACCUCGCCACCUUCGCCCCCCCGCCGCCCCCCGCCGCCGCCGCCGCCCUCGCCUCGGCGCAGAAGGUGCCUCCGGCCGCCCCCGCCGCCGCCGCCGCGACCCCCCGCAGGGUGGUGGUCCAGGCAUCCACCAGCGAGCUCCUGCGCUGCCUGGGCGAGUUCCUCUGCCGCCGCUGCUACCGGCUGAAGCACCUCUCGCCCACCGACCCGGUGCUCUGGCUGCGCUCCGUGGACCGCUCGCUGCUGCUGCAGGGCUGGCAGGACCAGGGCUUCAUCACGCCGGCCAACGUGGUCUUCCUCUACAUGCUCUGCCGGGAUGUCAUCUCGGCCGAAGUGGCCAGCGACCACGAACUGCAGGCAGUGCUGCUCACCUGCCUGUACCUCUCCUACUCCUACAUGGGCAACGAGAUCUCCUACCCGCUCAAGCCCUUCCUGGUGGAGAGCUGUAAGGAGGCCUUCUGGGACCGCUGCCUCUCCAUCAUCGACCUCAUGAGCCCCAAGAUGCUGCAGGUCAACGCCGACCCGCACUACUUCACCCAGGUCUUCGCCGACCUCAAGAAGGAAAGUGGAGCCGAGGAGAAGGGGCGGCUGCUCAUCGGCCUGGACCGGUGAGCGCCCGCCCGGCCCCGGGGGUGCUCGGGCCCCGGGGGUGCUCGGGCCCCGGGGGUGCUCGGGCCCCGGGGAUGCUCGGGCCCCGGGGGUGCUCGGGUCCCGGGGAUGCUCCGGCCCCGGACACGCUUCCCAGCCGCAUCCCGGGGUGUGGGGGGGAGGAAGGGG